GAGAGGCCAUGGAGCACAGCCACAUCUUCACCGUGCUGUCCACCAACUCCAGUUCCUGGAGUCCUCAUGGUUGCCCUCUCGGACAGUUUCCCGUCAUCUACUACAGUUCCUUGCUGUGCCUCGGCCUGCCUGCAAACAUCCUCACCGUGAUCAUCCUUUCUCAGCUGGUGCUGCGGCGACAGAAAUCAUCCUAUAACUACCUGCUGGCCCUAGCUGUAGCCGACAUCCUGGUCCUGUUGUUGAUCGUGUUCGUGGACUUCCUGUUGGAAGACUUCAUUCUCGGUGUGCCUCUGCCCCACUCGCUUAACAAAGUGGUGCAGGUGCUGGAGUUCUCCUCCAUCCACACCUCCAUCUGGAUCACGGUUCCCCUGACCGUGGACCGCUACAUCGCUGUGUGCCAUCCGCUGCGCUACCACACUGUCUCCUACCCGGCCCGAACUCGUAAAGUGAUCUUGGCGGUGUACGUUGGCUGCCUGAUCACCAGCAUCCCAUAUUACUGGUGGCCGGAGCUGUGGCACGGCCUGCCGGGAACAAGCGCUAGUGGCCGCAGCAGCAGUGCAGGCCAGCACGUGUUGGUUUGGGUCCACUGUGCAACGGUUUACCUGCUCCCCUGCUCCGUUUUCUUCUCACUGAAUGCCAUCAUCGUACGCAAGCUCCGUUGCCGGCGUAACUGCUUCCGUCUGCGUGGCUACUCCACCGGAAAAACCACAGCCAUCCUGCUGGCCAUCACCUCAGUGUUUGCUGUGCUUUGGGCACCACGCACACUCAUGAUCCUUUACCACCUUUACACGGCCCAACCGGCAAUGCUUGAACCAGCCAGGCUGCUGCAUUUGGUCACAGACGUAGCGAACAUGCUCGCGCUGCUCAACACAGGUGUCAACUUCUUCCUGUACUGCUUCAUCAGCAAGCGUUUCCGCAGGAUGGCCGGCACGGUGCUAAAGGCCCUUUUCCGAUGCAGGAAGCAGCCGCCACCAUUUUACGCCAGUCACAAUUUCUCUAUCACCAGCAGCCCUUGGAUCUCACCAGCCAACUCACACUGCAUCAAGAUGCUGGUGUACCAGUACGACAAGAACGGCAAACCAGUCUGCAUAUCCUCCUGAACGCCACCUUGAGUCAUGUCAUGCCAAUAUAACGCUGGCUACUGAGUCAUGCGAGCUUGGGAAAAGUCCUUCCCGACUGAGCCGAAGGCGGUGAUCGGUUUGUUGGAAAGUGCCUCAACGAGAGAUCCAGUGUCAGGGUCAGAGACAUCUUAAGGCCAAAAUAUGGUUCUUUUUCUGGCAAAAAAAGAGGAGUGGUCAUUAAGCUAUAACAUGCUAAUGCCUUUCAGGAUUUUAAUGCAAAAAAAAAGACUCAUCUCAAAGUCAAGAGAAAUUAUGAAAGGCUCGCAUUCCAGGAAAUGACUGUCCAAUUAGACAAAUAUACAUCUUGAUGUGAUUUAAAGAGUUUGUCUCUAGUUGGGCUGGAUAAUAUAAAAAAAAAAAAAAAAAUUGUAUAUCUCAAUAUUUUUUCACAUUUUGCAAUCAAUACUUUUCCAUUUGCUCUUGAUAAAAUUAAAAAGGCUUUUUUGGCCCUCAUGAAAUUUUUUUUUACUGCAAAUCAACACUAAUUAAAAAAAAUAUUUAUUUAUCUUAUUUAAAGAAAUCUCUAAUUUACAUUGCGUUUAUACAUUUUUAGUUAUGAAUUCAUUAUGGAAGCCUGGUUCUGCCACAGAAUAAAAAAUCACAAUUGUGAGAUAUAAACAUGCAAUUUAGAAUUUUUGUUCUCAGAAAUGAGAGAUAUAAACUCGCAAUUCUGAGAGAAAAAAAAAGUUAGUCUUUUUUCCCCAGAAUUGGAUUUAAGAAGUCAGAAUAGCAAGAUAUAAACUCGCAAUUGCAAGAAAAAUUCAGAAUAGCGGGGGAUGAAAAAAAAUUGGCAGAUAUAAACUCGCAAUUGUGAGUUCAGUGGUGGUUCAGUUAUUCAGUGGCAGAAAUGGUCUUUCAUGAAUGAUUUGUGAACAUGUAGAAUAAAGAAAGUGAGCCUGGUUGAACGAAAACUGUUCGUUUGUGUUUUCAGCGCUAUUGAGCGGAUUGUGACUUUCAUGCCUCUGAUUGAUCAGUGCUUGAUUGGCUUCAAUACUCAACACUAUUAAACAUAGAAAAGAGAAACCUUCGAUACUCUUCACAAAGCACUCACACAUGGGCAUGGGAGCAUUUAAAAGCCCACAUAACAGUGGUCAUUUUUGUCAUAUAUAAACUAAACUUUUAAUAUAUACCCUACAUUUGUAUCAUCAACAAAGACACUUGUAUCGCCCAACCCUUGUCUUUAGCAUGGUUUCAGUUGAGUGCACACCAAAGCAAAAUUUUACAUAAAGAAAAAAAUUAUUCAAAGCUGGCGCCAACGAGAUGUUACUGUAUGUGAACCACCUUUCCCCUCUCACCUUCUCAGUGCAGAGACAGAGCACUCCCUCUCUUUGUGACAUUAAAAAGCAAUGCUGGCAUUUUCGUUUAAUAUGCUGUUGGCAUCCAAGGGCCGGUCGCAAACAACACAUUUGCUCAGUGCUGGAAACCCGCUUCUUUAUUGCUGCCUGAUGAAGAAUAAUAUCAAAAACGCAAAGACUUCUGCUUCAGCAAAAAGCUUCUGGUGCAACUGUUAAGUGUACAAUUAAGGCAAAUAAAUACCUUUAGAGAGGAAUUAAUUCUUUAUUGGUUAAAUCAAUAUUCUAAGCAACGUCAACACUUAUUGCUCAGUACAUAUUUUCUAUCAGAGUGACAAACACUAAAUAAUUAAGACUUUUCAGCAUCUACCAUACACAUAUACACAAUCAUUUAUCCUUUGCUGGGCAGCCUCGAGAAAAAAGAAAGCGAAAAAAAGAACACUUUUCAAAUAAAAAAAUCAAUUUCUGUCUCCAGAAUGAGCUAUUGGAGGAAACCACAUUCAUUUAUCUUCACUGCGGGAGGAGUAACAGACUGCCAUCUGGAGUGCUGUAACUGUGCAUAUGUAUUUAAAGUAUACAGCGGGGAACAUGUUCGUAGAUAAGCUAGACAACUUGAAAAUGUAUGAUUUCUGUCAUAGACAAGGCUGUAUUCACCUGUCUCAUGACAGCAGGGCGAACUGUGAAUGCUAAAUGCUGUGUUGGUGGUAAAAUGUAAAAGAGAAACCUGGUUUCUUUCAGGACUGAAAUGGUCACUUUCCAUUACAGCGUCCAUUUUCAAAAUUGUGGCUUUUUUGUGUCCAUGCCUGUAAGCCCUGAGGAGCAGUUUGAGGCACGUAUGCUUGCAUACUCCUUAAAGUUGAUACUUAAUUUACAUAUUUAAAAUGCUCGAUCUUUCAAUUCCAGGGUAAUGGACAAAAAAUAUUAACUUAUCUUGUUUGCAAGGUCACACGCUCAGUCCAAUAAUGCCCUUGAUAAGAAUAAGUGAAUCCAUUAUUUUUUUUAAAUGAAUAAUUUAAGUGAACAAAC